UUUUCCCGGUAGAACCAAAAGCCUUUAAAGAGCAGGCCAUUGUUUGAGAUGUGGUGUUGUCCAAUUUUAAAUAUCUCAAUCUCAAAUAAAUGAGAUUUUAGCAAAACACUGCAUCAUAUACCUUAUCUGGCGCAGUGUGUUCCGUCCGCUAGAUGGCGCCACUUUACGAAUCAAAACAUCGUGUGGCUGUGGUGGCUUUCUCAUUUCCAGCGCGGAAAGGGAUCUGAACCUAAAACCAGUUUGAACUGUCAUGUGGGAAAGUAGAGUAUACGAUUUUUUCCCCCCAUUUUUUUUAUAUCUUAAAAUCUUUUCUAAAUAUAUUUUCUAAACUUAAAAAAUAAGACCAUUUCAAAUGAUAUAAUCUUUAUGUAAUCUGUGAUCGUUGCAGGCUAUAUGGUCGGUUCUGGUCAUGACACCAUAAUAUGAACUCCAAACAAAUGUUUAAGAUUUUCUUUACUGGUUGUCUGUUUGGGUUGUAUCACAGAGAACCAAAUGAUGCGCAUGUAAAAACCAUAUUCAUUUAGAAAUAACCCUCUUUUUCAGACUAUUUUAAUAUGUUUAUUUGACUUAGCAAAAACAGUAUAGCCGGAAAGUUAUUAUAUAAGCUUAACCCCAUUUUUUUGUCAUAUACUACAUUUCAGAAUGGCUAUCCAGCAUGCAGAAGAAAUUGUGGAAAAUGCAAUAAAUCUAAGUAUACAAUAAGCAGCAUUGCACCCCAUUGUGAAUCUGUUAAAUGUUUUUUUUUUUUAAUUAUGCACAUUUCUAUGGACCCCAAGCAGAAUUAAUGUAACUUUUUUAGGGCAUGUUUGAACCGUCUUUAUCUAUAGUUUAUCUAUAAUAUAUUGUAUAAAAACAAUAAUAAUUGUAAUCACUGUUUAAUCAGUAAGAGUUUUUUUUAGCAACUGAAAUUGCCUUGGGGUCUCUUAAACCCAAACAGGGCAUUAUUGUUCAAAAUUCAUGUUUUUUUUUUGUUUUUUUUUAUCUUAUCUUAUUAAUUUUUUAGAGUUCAUCACAAGUUGUAAAAAAAAAAGGGGGCUGUAUACUUUGUACCUGAUGGGAGGAGAGAGGUUUAAGUGUGUGUGUGUGUGUGUGUGUGUGAGAGAGAGAGAGAGAGAGAGAGAGAGAGUAAAUGACGCACAGGUUUAUUUUCAUAUGGAGCUUUUGUGUGCUUUUACAACUUAAGCAUCUGUCGAAAGUUACUCGGAGCGACAAAAGGAUAUUUUCUCAUCAAUGGUAGGUGGAUGUAUGUCUAAUCCUAUCGCAUUUUUUAAAGUUUUGGUAAAGUUUUGUCAUGUACAGUAUAAUAGAAGGCCAUAGUUACUGGUCUUGAUAAAUCUGCUGACAUGUGACAGUAAAUAAUGCUAUGCGCACUGACUGUUAUUUUGAUGUCGCAAGUCGUUUUAUGUUUGCCUGAAUAAUUUUAGAAGUAAAUAUUUUAAUGAAACUCGAAAUCUCAUUUGUUCUGUAUUUCUGAUGGUGCUUAUAGUUUUCAUUUUGUAAUGCUCGUGGAUGAAGUUUUUUUUUUUUUCAAUAUUUAGCCUAUUUUUCUAAUUUUAAAUUACAUUCAACUUUAAUUUAUUUUACUUUCACAUCUUCUUGGGAUAGUAUAAUUUUAAAAGGAUGGCAGCUAAAACAAUAUACAAUUUUGUAAAUUACACUUAAGAAUUAAUAUUUUUGUUUAAAUACAGUCGCACUAUAAAUGUGCCUUUUUUGCAGACGUGGAGAAAGAGCGUGUGUGAAGGCUGUAAUGAGCUCAUCCGGGACAGGUACCUGCUCCGCGUGCAGGACGGACUGUGGCACGAGCGCUGCCUGCACUGCGCAUCAUGUCGCGAGCCUCUGAAAGACACCUGCUUCCUUCGCAACAAGACACUCUACUGCAAGCGAGACUACCAGAAGUUGUUUUUGGUACGGUGUAAGGGCUGUGCAGAGGUCAUCUCUCCGGCCGAGCUGGUGAUGCACGCAGGCACUGCGGUUUUCCACCUGCGGUGUUUCUGCUGCUGUGUGUGCGGCUGCAGGCUGCAGAAGGGAGACCGCUGUGUGCUCACAGGGGACAGGCUUUUCUGUGCCAGAGACUAUCACAACCAACUGGCCAGCCUUACCACCUCCGAUUCAGGUAAAAGUGAAGAUGGUGAGGAGGACGAUGACGAAGACAACAUUAAGACCACAGGGGAGUCUAACGCAAUAGGAGACAUGGAACACAAGAGACCUAAAAGGCCUCGUACCAUUCUCACAACACAGCAGAGACGUGCUUUCAAAGCUUCUUUUGAGGUCUCAUCCAAACCAUGUCGAAAGGUAAGGGAGACGCUGGCAGCAGAGACAGGAUUGAGCGUACGAGUCGUUCAGGUCUGGUUCCAAAACCAAAGAGCCAAGAUGAAAAAACUGGCAAGAAGACAACAGCAGCAGAAGCAAAAUGUGUCCCCUCAGGAGAACAGGGAUAGCCAAUCACAACACACUGCGCCCUCUUGUGGAAGUCUGCCUGCUGAGCUGGAGUGUGCAGGUUCAUAUUCACUUACCCAGCAGAAUAUCCGUCUAGACUCACAGGGCUUCAAGCUGGACCCCUUCAGACAAGGGCUCACCCCUCCUCAGAUGCCUGGAGACCACAUGCAUCCCUAUGGUUGUGACACACUCUAUGACGAUACAGACAGUGACCCUCUGUGUCAUUUUGGAGACUGUAUGUCAUCCAGUGAACCCUCCCUUUUAACACCCAUUGACCGGUUGUAUUCAAUGCAAGAUUCAUAUUUUGCCUCUUGAGCAUCAUUCAGACAGCUUGGGAAAGAUACUGUAUGAGGAGAGUGUGUGUGUGUGUUUGUGUGUAUAUAUGCUUGUGUGUGUUCUGCUUUUGCAUGUUUUAGGGUAGAAAUGGUGGUGGUGAUUGUUCAACGAAAAUGUACUGUGAUAAAAAUGUUCUUUGUGUAAUUUGUAUUUAUUAUUUUAUGCGUGUAAUAUUUGUGUAACUGAAUUACAAUAAAAAGGUUACUGGCACAA